AUGAAUAAUAGUAUAUUCGGAAAUAAUGAUCACGAAGAUCCCUGGGACAAUGGUUGGGCCAAUUCUGAACCAACAAGCUCAAUUGUAAAUACCUCCUCUGGACGAGAGGCAGGAAGCAAUAGUGGAGGAUUCGGGAUCGCCUCCUCAUAUUUAUCGCCCUCCCAACUUUUAGCAACACAUACCCCUUCACCCCCUGUAAGGACUUCGGUUCACGACACACCCUUGUCAUCGGCUACCCCUGUCAUUGACAACGUCCCUUUGUCUUACAAGGAAAUCUACACCAGAGUAGGUGAACUCUGUUCAACCACCAACGAGUUGGAAUCACUUGUUUUCAAUAAGAUUAUAUCACGUGACCAGGAUGGGCUUACUCCAUACCAAAAGCUGAAGAUUGUUGACAUAAUGUAUGACCACAACUUGCUACCACCGUCGAGACCUGUUAAUUUUUAUCAGAUUUUAGGUCUUGUCGCAUUGGAGUUGGAGUUGCCUGGCUCUGGUGACUUCGUUACAUUGCAAUUCAGAAUAAAUGACUUGCCCCAAUUGUCUCCAUCGAUCGUCAAAUCAAUAGUCAACGACGAAAGUACUGAUAAUAGUACUAAUAAUAACAGCAAUUAUGUUAGAUCAUACUCUCCCGAUCCCCUUAAUGCUCAAUUAGCAAACACUUCUAUCUCGGAAGACGACCAGGACCAACAGCAUCAGCACAAUCAGCUUCCCUCGUCUAUUAUUGACCCUAUCUUGACGGACCAUUCUUCGAUUCAAAAGAGACAGCACCAAGAUGGUGCAGGUAUUAGUGGGCCCAACGAUCCAAUUCUGUUUAAUGAAAUAACCAAAUACAUCACAGAAAUAAAGGAUACCUUCGAGCCUGUUGUUGGGAGCAAAGACCUUGUCCGUAUCAAAGAGGUGCCAGAGAAGGAAGGACUCCUUUUCAAACAUACAAAUUAUAUCAUAUCACAUGAGAUUAAACUCGGACUAAUGAGUCCAGCAGGGAGCAAAAAAGUUAUUAGAAGAUAUUCAGACUUCGUUUGGCUACUUGAAUAUUUGUUGAAAAAGUACCCGUUUAGAAUAAUUCCUGGAUUACCACCUAAGAAGUUUACUGGAUCAGCUCCCGAUUCACAGUUCUUGCAAAAGCGUCGGAGGGGUUUGAACAGAUUUUUAAACCAGUUGGUAAAACACCCUGUUCUAGUUUUAGACUCGGUAGUAGUUACCUUCCUUUCCGUGCCAACUGAUUUGGCAACAUGGAAGAAACAGGCCAAGGUUGACUAUUCCUUAGAGUUUAAGGGAAUGAAAAUCCUGACUCAUUUUAUAAACUCUGUAUGGCCCACCAUAGGAGAUGAGUUCUUGAAAGAUUGGAAGCAAUCUGAACUCAACAUCAACAAAUUAAUCGAAGUUUGGACAAAAUGUGUCUUGCUUGUAGAAAGGUACGAGAAGAGGCAACAGCAAAUCUCAUUGGAUAAUGGAAAAUUUGUUGAGAUGAUAAACAAGUUUUCUUCUUUGAAUGAAGCUGUUUAUCCUCAUGAUACCAAUAGUGAAAACAACGAAGACAGCAAAAUCGUGUCAACUUCCAACAAAGAUGACAUGUCUGCAAUUAAUGACUCCUUAGGAUCCAUCCUGGACUUUUUUAAUAAAUCGUCGCAAUUAUUAAUUGAUGAGAGUUUUCUCAUUAACACUACUAUAUUAGAAAAGUUUAAGAAUUAUUUAGACUACUUGUACUCAUUGCAGGAGUUAUUUGAGAGAUCGAAGAAGUUGCUGAUAAAUAAUAUACCUCAAUUACAAAAUAGGAUCCAAGAAAACGAGAAGAGGUACCAGAAAUUAUCUACAGAUGACGUAGAUAUCAAAGGGAGUGAAUUAGCCAAGUUGAGGCAAGUGAUUAUUAAUGAUAAGCAAGAGAUUUUCCAACAACUUAAUAAAGAUUGGCUCAUAAAAGAAUGUUGCUUUAAAGAAUUUAUAAUGUUUCAGAAGACGCAGUACUUGAUCAGCGAACUUUGGAUCGACUGGUCUAAGGGAAGAUUGAAAUUCCAAGAGAAAUAUUUCGGAUUGAGUGAGGUUUUAAGUAAAGAUGUUGUUGGAGAUAUGCCUACUAAAUAG